CGCCGAGCGAUUGACAGCUGCCCCCUUUGCCCUGUCCACCUCUAGAGUCUGAGAAGUGAAGUUGUUUCAUACAGAAUUCCUCUCAGACGUGAAGAUGGGGUUAAUUAUUUGUCUUUUUCUGUCAGAAGUUCUUUUCAUCUGUGCCGGGCUCCAUGUGCUCGGCCCCUCUGGUCCAUUGAUUGUGGAGCUGGGGGGCUCAGUGAUGCUGCCGUGUUACGUUGAAGCCCCCAUACCGCUGGAAGAGCUGGAAGUGGAGUGGAAGAGAACAGACUCUGAAACUUUAGUACAUUUAUUCCAAGAUGGAGAGAGUAAACCAGAUGCUCAUGAUCAGGCUUACAGUGGAAGAGCCAGUUUCUUUACUGAGGAGGUCAAGCGUGGAAACUUCUCUCUCCUCCUCACAGAUCUGACCACUAAAGAUGCAGGAGUUUACAACUGUACCGUUUACAGACAACAGGAUACUGGUCAAGCAUCAGUUGAAAUUGAGUAUUUGAUUGUGACUGGACGUCAUGCUGUAUCUGCGUAUGCGCAUGAAGACAUCACUCUGAGUUGCUCUGUAGACUCCCUUAUUCCACCUAAACAACUUGAAGAUGUCUCAUGGAAGAAAGUGGAUCAAGGCAUUACAGUGCUGGUCUUCCAAAACGGUGUGAUCCAGACAGAUUUUACCCACGAGAGAUUCAGAGACAGAGUCGAGUCCUUUGGCCCUGAAGAAAUCCACAAAGGAAACUUCUCACUCAGAAUAAAGACUCUCCGAAUGGAGGACAAAGGCCUGUAUAGAUGUGAAGUGCUGUCUGGGGAGUUUUCAGCUCACACAACUGUGGAAAUACUACCUUUGGGUUUUUCCCACAUGCACAAUAUGAUUCUGUUCCUCUGUAUCUUUACUUGUUUGUGUGGAUCUGUACUUUUUCUUGGCUCCAUUUCAGACACUUUUUAUAAAGAGCCCGGCAGUUGCACAGUAAUCGUACAGCAUGUUCUUGUCUUUGGUCCAAACAUUCUUAUGUUUGUGGCCUUCAUCCUUUGGGGUGUGCUUAAUGGAUUUAUCAGUGAGGCUGCCACUUGUUCAACUAUUAAUCUUCUAAGGAGUCUUUGCCUACUUGCAUUUUCUCCAUACUUUAAACGUUUUCAUGAUGAGAGAUCACAAAGACUCCAAAGAUUCCUUGCAGUGUCACUUAUGCCACUGGAAUGGGCUGUGUUGUCUAUAAUUGCUGCUGUAGGUAAGUACCCAUGAUUGUUACAUAUUAACACAAGAUGACAUUUGUGAAUACAUACAUACAUAAACAACUGGCGAAACAAAUGAAUGUCACUAUUCCACGGUCAUUAAAUAUAAUUUUUCAUACAUGUGUGAAUGUAUCUAGAGAAAAAUCACUAAUAAUGUUUUCAGCUCAUUUGGUAGUCUACUGAUCCUCUCCAGUGACAGUGCUGCUGAUGUAGACAGCUUCCUCUUUGUACUUUAAUGCUCGUGCCCUCUUUAGGAAAAUCAUCACUUCUGUGUAGAAAAGAGGAGCAUUUGCAGUUAAAUGGAUAUUAUUUCUUAAUAGUUUGGAAUCCAACUGUAAACUAUAUGCUACAUUAAUAACCUUUAUUAUACACAAUAAUAACUUACAGAAAUUCCAGUUCUAUAAAAGUUGUGACACUUCGUAAAAUGGAAAUAAAAGCAGAAAGCAGUGAUCUGAAAAUCCUUUUGACCCGUAUUCAAUUGAAAACAGCACAAAGACAUGAUAUUUAAUGUUUCAACUAAUUAACCUUAAUUUUGUGUAUAUACACUUGUUCUAAGUAUCUUUUAUUUCAUGUUUCUAGUUCAGCCUUUGUUUGAGCAUGCUGCUUUCAGCAUUUCCUUUGUUUACUGUUUUUCGCGCCUUUUUAUUUCCCGUUCCUUGAAAUGUUUUACCCAUUGUCACCUGUGCUUCCCAGUGGCUCAGCGGUAACUCGAAGGACCGCAGAUCAGUACAUCGUGGUUCGAGCCUGGCUUUGGGUCACCCCCACGUGCCAAAUUCAUAUUCCAUUUCCUCAAUAAAUUUAUUUAACACCCUUUCUCACAGGUUUUCAUCUUUGCACUUGGGUCCGCCUCCCUGCCGUCCUGUAACAAUCCCCUUUGCUUUUAACAGUGUUUUGUAAUCGUUUGGGAGCUGAGGACACCAUUUGUUGUAGUUUGGCCAGUCUUGCUUGAUAUAACACAUCAGCUUCUUAACAGUCAGGGGUCUCUGUUGUCUUAUAUUGCAUUUCAUAUUGUAUCUCAUGAUUUAAUGGGACACAGGUUUGAACUGCAGGCAGGCCAGUCUAGGACCUGCACUCUGUUACUGUGAAGCCACACUGUUGUAACACAUGCAGCAUGUGGUUUGGCAUUGUCUUGCUGAAACAAGCAGAGACAUCCCUGAAAUAAAUAAUACACUGUAAUUAUCUAUUUAACUUUUUUGUCAAGUUACAGUGAGGUCCAUAAAUAUUUGGAUAUUGACAAAGUUAUUGUUAUUGUUCCACAGCAUAUUGGAGUUCAAAUUAAAUAAUAAAUUAGAGCAUUUUGAGCUUUAUAUACUUUUAAGGGUAUUUAUAUCCAAAUCAGAAAAAUGAUGUAGGCAUUAAAAUCAUUUUCAUACAUAACCUCCCCUCCCCCUUUUUUUCAUAAGCAAAAAUUAAAUUGUUAUUAUGCAAGUCAUUUGCAGUCAGCAGUUGCCUGAAGUUAGGAACCCAUAGACAUCACCAGAAGCUGGAGUUCUUCCCUGGUGAUGCUCUGCCAGGCCUUCAGUUCCUGCUUGUUAUUAGGGUGAUUUACCUUCACUUCUACAUUCAAACCAAAUUGCUUAUCUGUAAUACGUUCCAAAAAAGUAAAGACUGGAGCAUGUUUACCACUGUUCACCUUUCCUUUUAAGAACACUUAAAGGCCCAUAUCAGGGAAAAACUGUCCUCGCUUUUUUGAAAUAAAAUAAAGUGUACAGCCCUGUUUCCAAAAAAG